UAACACGAAGGUUAUUUUACAUGAGGGAGGGACUGUUUUGGAGCAACAACAAUAACCUGCGAAUAACUGGGAAAAGCAAAGAAGACGCUUUUGAUUCAUAGCUGAAAAGGAGCGUUUGUUUUCUUCCAAAUAUUACAAGAGAGGUGAAGCAUCAUGGGGAAACACAACAGCAAGCUGGCUCCGGAGGUCCUGGAUGACCUGACCAAGAACACCGAAUUCAACGAGGCAGAGCUCAAGCAGUGGUACAAAGGCUUCCUCAAAGACUGUCCGUCUGGCAUUCUCAACCUGGAGGAGUUUCAGCAGCUCUAUGUUAAGUUUUUCCCAUACGGUGAUGCCUCCAAGUUCGCCCAACAUGCGUUUCGGACAUUUGACAAGAACGGUGACGGGACCAUCGACUUCAGAGAGUUCAUUUGUGCCCUGUCCAUCACCUCCAGGGGCAGCUUCGAGCAGAAACUCAACUGGGCCUUCAACAUGUACGAUCUGGACGGGGAUGGAAAGAUCACGCGCAUGGAGAUGCUUGAGAUCAUAGAGGCCAUCUACAAGAUGGUGGGCACAGUGAUCAUGAUGCGUAUGAACGAGGACGGGCUGACCCCUCAGCAGCGCGUGGACAAAAUCUUCUCCAAGAUGGACAAGGACCACAACGAUGAAAUCACCCUGGAAGAGUUCAAAGAGGCCGCCAAGUCUGAUCCUUCCAUCGUCCUACUGCUGCAGUGUGACAUGCAGAAGUAGAGAGGGAUGGGUGGAGAUACAGAGGGAGGGAGGGGAGGGACGGGGGAAAGAGUUGAACUGAAACAAGAGAAGGAAAAAGGAUAUGAGAACAGAGAGGCAGGAGAUGAAGGGGGGGGGUACAGUUAAAGGGAGGAGGAGGAGACAGGUAGGGAUGACUAGAAGUGAACCAUGUUUGGAACACAAUGGACCUCUGAUUGAUGCCAUUCUUUUCUUCCAGCACUGCGGCGCUUCUGCUUCAGUCUAGAUGGGUCUCUUUAUAAAUUCGGUCUGGUGAUCUGUGAAAGGUGGAAAUCCUGCCAGCUCAUUUUGGAAUAGGCCAAAAAAAAAAAAGAAGAAAAAAAAAAGAAGAUAUAUAGUAGGGAUUUACAGAGGAAAUACAGUCAGUAGAAGUGUCACUCACACUUUCACACUGGCAGACUCUCUGCCUGGCAUGUGAGACUACAAGGCUGCAGGGUGACUUGAGUGCAAAUGUCAGCUGUCUUACAGCUACGACGGCUACAUUCUUCUUGCUUUACCCAACUUUCUUAUUUGUAAAGUAAAGUACAUUGGCUACUCCUUCCAAGAUCCUAAUCUUAAAAGAAGUAAUUGCAAAGCAGGUUGUUUUCAUUUGAUGUAAGUUAACAUGGAAUGUAUUAUUUGAUUACGUAUUACCAUUUCCCAUCAUUUCCCCAAAUCACACCUAUUUGUUUAAAAAGGAACAGUUUAUUACUUUGGAAAAAUGCGCUUAUUCACUUUCUUGCAGAGAGUUAGAUGAGGAGAUUGAUAUCGCUCUCCUCUGAAGCUGGAGUCAGGUGACGGUUAGCUUAGCUUAGCAUAAAGAGUGAAAACAAGGGGGAAAAAAAGCUUGGCUCUGUGAGUUAAAGAAAAAUCUGCCUACCAGCACCUCUAAAAUUCACCAGUGAACAUGUUAUGUCUCCUUUGUUUAGGUUUAACCUGUACAAAUACUGAGACGUACAACAAGCUGCAGUUUUGUUUUUCUUUUGUUUACCUUUUGACAGAACCAUGCCGUGGCUCUGCUGAGCUAAGCUAAUCGUCUCAUGGCUCAAGGUUCAUACUCACCAUACAGACGUUAGAGUGGUGUUACUGGUGAUAUAGUGGUGUUAGGAACCAAAUAAACAUAUUUUCCAAAAAAAAAAUCAAACUAUUCCUUUAACGUAUCAUCAGGUACCAGUCUGAAUUCUGGCACCCACAAUGCCAAUUUUGAAACACGCCCAGUGUUCGGAUGCUGUGCUCCGUGGGAAAGCUUGAAAAAAAAAAGGAAUGGCAUCAAACCAACUGAGAGCCUGUUGUUUGGUCCAUAUGGUUCAUGUAGAGCGACAAGAGAGAAGCAAAUGUUAUGCUGAUGGAGAAUUAUGUAAGUGAAUAUUACCAUUAGCCGUGUGUGAGUAAGAAUGUGUGUGAGGAUAAAUGUGACAUUUUACGAGCAAAAUAUGCUUGUUCCCAGACCAACCUGCCCCCUCUGCGUGUUUGUGUGUGUGUACAGUUGCAUUCAUUAGAUCCUCAACAAUCCACAAUCAGUCAAAUAGCACUUGAAGAGCGCAUCUCCGAUAGAAUACAGCAUGGUGUCCAGAUGCUUUACACUCUAAGUAUGAGGCAGGCAGGUGAUGAAUGUCUCAGACGGCUGCCUCCCGCAGCAUGGUGAAGCAUACUGAUGUGCUAAUCAGUGACUUCUGGCUGCACGUAAAGCUUUUCCACAUAUGCUAGCAAAAUCAAUAUCUUAUGAUUACAUUCAUUUCAUUAAAAGGACAUGUAAUUAGGUUAAAAUAAAGCCGUACCCUCCACAUAAUGUAAUCUGGACCCUCCAGCAGGUUAACAUGCUCCCUGCAUGGCUCUCAUUGGGAUUUAUUUUAGGUUACAUUUGCAUGCCAGCUACAGUGUGCCGAUGGCCUGAGGUGAUAUACAAUGUGACAAAUUUACAUUAUGUUUUUAAUUUUAAUGAUCGCAAGAGGAAGAAGAAUGACAUGAAAUAAUUACAGCAGCUUGUAAAAUUUAAAGCCAUCAUGUGUAGAAUUCUUAUGAGGAUAUAAUUUCCUUCACACUCGAGGUUUUUGUUUGGGAGAAAAAUGCUGUAAAAACUGGCACAGUCUUGUGUGAAUGUGUAAGUCUGUUCAAAUUCGACACACAUUGGCUUUAAAGCCCCAAAACACUUGGUUUCAGAAUUUCUUUAAAACAUUUAAUAUUAACGGCUACAGAAUCUGAAAUCGAUGUUCAAGGUUGGAAAACAAUUUCCUUAAAAGUUUAAAGUUUAGCUAUUGGUCAGUUUUGAUAUUGCUACAUAGCCAGUAUUAGCAGUAACAGCUGCUACAACAGAAAAUUUGUGAGUUCAGCAUCAAACUUUAUGAGCAAACGAUCCUGCAACUGCCGUCACAUUCUGAUUCAAAUAUUGGUAAUCUUGGAUUGGUCGAAAGAAAUAAAUGAAAUCACCUUUUUCCAACCGAACCCCGCCCAGUAUCUCAGAUGUAACCUGUCUAAUUAAUUUGCACAAAUAUAAUUUGCCAACAGUGCAAUAACUCAUACUUAUGAGUUGUUUCAUCAUUAGAAAAUAUUAGAUUAAGUUCUUUCUCUGUUGCAGCUAAUUCACUUUAAAAAGACUGUUACUGUUUGGGGUAUUAGUUUCAUGCAUGGGUUCAGUUUUAAAUGUUCAGUUUUUAAAUUUGACUUUUAACUAAAUUCUGAUGAGUUAUUAUAUUAUCUGCAGGUGCAUGUGCUUUGGAUAUGUUUUAACUGCCUCUCAUGUGAAGUAAAAUUGUGAGUUUGGGCAACAAAACUGAACUAAUUAGAAAUCUGAAGCAGAACCAGAAAAAGAUAAACAUCCAGAAUAAUAUGAAAUGUGGUUUUGCCUCUGUAAGACCAGCAAUUAUAGCAAUAGAAACUACAGUGUGAAGUGGGGAUAAUCAGGACAAUAAUUACAUGCUGUAUGACAGAAACGGUAUUUCUCCGAAAGGCCAAACCUGCUUCCAUGAAAAGCUGAAAUAACCGUCUCUUCCUCUCCCACUGUUCUGCUCUCCCCGCUUUUUGUCUUCCUCCUCCCUAAAUGUCAGAGAGGAAGUGCUUUGAUAAUAGGUGAAGGGAGAGGAACUUUGCUGAACUCAGCUCAGAUCUAAAAUCAAUGUGAAAAAGAGCAAAGGUUGAAGAGGAAGCUUGGUGUGUGUGUGUGUGUGUGUGUGCUUUGUGUGCUCACAAAGCAGAAAACUAAGGUGUUAUUCUACCUGUACAUUGAAGAGUCAGAAAGAUUGUGGAUUAUAAUUACCAGUGUAGUCUGGUGGAUCAGCUUGAAAAAUCCAGGGGAACAAAUGUCCACUACUAUUUUACAUAACAUAAAAAAUUAGAGCGUUAGAUGAGGAGAUUGAUAACACUCAUCAUACAGUAUCUGUAUGUUACAUAUAUUAACUGUUAGCUUAUCUUAGCGCAAGACUCCAAGCAGCAGAAAUCAGCUAGCUAAUUAACUUUUUAUACAGAGUGAAGAAACAGAAAGAUAUAAUGUGCUAAUUAGUGAUUUACAGGUGUAGGUAGGCAGAUUUUUAACCUUUUGGACAGAGCCAAGUUAGCUAGCUUAGCUUUUAGUGCUUAGCAAGCUAAGCUAACUGCCUCCUGGCAGCAGCUUCAUAUUUAGCAUAAAGCUUUGAAAGUGGUAUCAAUCUCCUCAUUUAAUUCACACUAAGGAAGAUAUGCGCAGAUUUCCCAAAAUGUUUGAUAAAUGUUUUUAUCACAUUUUAUGGUAAACAUCAGGUCAAGGACAAAUACGACAGAGAUACAGUAUUUUACAUUUAAAGAAAAAAAGAACCACACAGCUACGAGAAUCCGGCUUAAAAUAUGUUACAACAAGUUUCAUGUUAAUGCGAAGUCCGUCAUCUUAGUUCUAACUGUGUGAGUAAGGAACUGUGAGGGGGCUGUAUCUUCCCUUUGUGAAGAACUGACCUGUGUACAGUGCCUGUGGAUUUAUGAAAGAAGGCACCUUGUCUUUAAAACUUAGCAAGUUGACAGAUAUUUCCAGGACAGUUACCUCAGUUAGGAGCCCCACUACCAUGAAAA